AUGUCACAGCCCAACACAGCUGCGAUCGUAGUUGCCUCGAUCUUUGGAGGCAUCGCACUCGUCUUCGUUGCCUACAAAACCUAUCGCAAAGUCUGGAAUUGCAUGUAUCGUCCAGAGCAACUGCCUCCUGUCAGCCAACCACCAACAGCUUAUCAUGGCGGUGUUGUCAUGUCAAAUGUAUCCCAUCUUCCUACCCUCGAUUCUAAACACAGAGGCGCAGGCUCAUCACAUUACCUCGCCGCCUCCUCAUCUUGCACAGCCAACUGGCAGCCACAAAACGAUGGCCUUGCAUCUACUUGCACAAACGAAAUGCCUUCACCAUCUGUCGGCCGUCUGGAAUCGGUAGUCCUUUGCGCCCCUUCAGACAUCUACGAUCCGCAUUAUCGAGGUGCUUCCACCAUUUCCAGCUCGUCGUCUACCAUGACUCUCAAAAGGUCGUAUCUCAAAUCUCCUCCUGCUUCACAGCUAUCAUACAUGUCGAAUUCCGGUCGGCGCGACUCAUAUCUACCACACUCGCCUCUCAACAGAGACUCGAUUCAGAUCAUUCCUCCCCAGCCGCUCGGAUUUGGUGGCAAGAUGGCAAUGACCACAGAUCAGCGCACGCCCGCCUUCAGGAGCAACAGCGGUAUCGGCGCAUCCGAAGAUUUCACAAGUGGCUUGGUCUGGACUCAAGCAUCAGAUCAGAACAACCGCCCUCGCAACUCUCAUCAAUCACAGCUGACUAACCAGGAGAGGCAAAGGUAUCCCGUGGGAGGUCCCGUGUGCACACGUACCAGCGAGGCGCCGAGUCUGGUGCCCUCGGCGUCGAGCAGUCCCGUAAGACAGACAGCUCAACUGAACCCUCCAUCCGAAGGUGAUGGCCUUUUCCACGAAGCAACUCAAUCAGGAUCGCGUCAAUCGAGCGCUGAGAGUGUCACAUGCCUUGAAAGCAAAGCUUGCAUUAUCAAUCCACAAUUGCUCAGCGCCAAGGACAGUCCGCUUCAAAGGUUACAAAGCAACGCUGGUCAAGCACAGCCUCCACCGCACAAGCGAUUGCAUUCGGAUGGUAACAGCAAUCCCUCUGACUCGGACGUUUCUCCGAUCCUCAGUCCUUUUGUACAUCAUUCCAGCCCACCAAGCACAGGCGAGGGCCUUACGCCGCCCUCUGUUUCUUCUCGUGCUGACACAGGCCAUCUCGCCAAAUAG